UCCCCAAUUAUUUUUCCAUUCCCAACGACGAUAGCUCUUUCUCACGCUAGAAAGGAAUUCCCCUUUUAUCUCCCACACCCCUCGGUCUUAGUCCUUCUUUCCUCUCCGAAUCCUUUCAUUCAGAGGGAAAUAAGAACUGGUGCAGAUUCGAUCUCAGUGCCUUACAACUCUGGACUGUUUGGUACAGGAAGACGAUCACAGAGAUUUAUUAAAGAGAGAGAGAGAGUGUUCAAAGCAUCUGAAGCUCUACAGCCAUCAUCUUCGGGUCGUCGUGGCGGUCAUGGUCUUCUUUAGUCUUCACAGUUCAACUCAAGUGGGUAGUUUAUGAAAAAUUGGAACAUUUGAACCCCAGCUGAAUCGGUAUCAUUUUGUCGGGGGGAUUGUUUUUCCCUGACCGAUUCAGAUUCAGUUCUGGUUCAAGUGAAGAUUUGUCGCUGGCGAAACCCUAGUUUACUGAUGGAAUUGAUAUCCCACUUCAUCGAUACAUUUCGCUUGGAAUUCUAUAUUUCGGUUUAGAAAACAUAGGUGUGAGGUUCCGUUAAUAUUGGAGGCUAUAGGAAACUUUGUCUGGUGAAAAUAACAAAAAAGGAAGAAAAAAAUCUUCAUAAGUUGUUGGAUGCACUUUCUUGCAUGGUGUAAAGAACGAAGAAAUGCCACAUAAUUUGGAUAUACAACGCAUUGAUUUGAUGCUUACCUCUUCAGUAUGCAAGCUUUGCAUGUUAACUGGAACAUCUAGAAGUAGAGAGAGUUUGGAUGUUAUGGUAUAAGAAGAAAAAUGGAGCAUGUAUCAGAAAAAAGAUUUCCUCUCAAUGCGAAAGAUUACAAGUUAUAUGAAGAAGUUGGUGAAGGCGUUAGUGCCACUGUGUACAGGGCACUCUGUGUGCCACUCAACAAAAUAGUUGCCAUCAAGGUUCUCGAUCUUGAAAAGUGCAAUAAUGACCUGGAUGGCAUCAGGAGAGAGGUACAGACAAUGAGCUUGAUUGAUCAUCCAAAUGUUUUAAGGGCAUAUUGUUCUUUCACUGCUGGACACAACCUUUGGGUUGUGAUGCCCUACAUGGCGGGGGGAUCCUGCCUGCAUAUAAUGAAAUCUGACUACCCCGAGGGAUUUGAAGAGCAUGUUAUUGCUACUUUAUUGCGGGAGGUUCUCAAAGCUCUUGUCUAUCUUCAUGCUCAUGGUCACAUACAUAGAGAUGUAAAGGCUGGGAAUAUUUUGAUUGAUUCUGAUGGCACGGUCAAAUUAGCUGACUUUGGGGUGUCAGCAUGUAUGUUUGAUGCUGGAGAUAGGCAGCGAUCAAGAAAUACUUUUGUUGGAACUCCUUGCUGGAUGGCUCCUGAAGUUAUGCAACAAUUACAUGGAUAUGACUUCAAGGCAGACAUCUGGUCAUUUGGUAUAACAGCACUUGAACUUGCUCAUGGUCAUGCCCCAUUUUCCAAGUAUCCACCAAUGAAAGUUUUGCUCAUGACGUUACAGAAUGCUCCUCCAGGCCUUGAUUAUGAAAGAGACAGGAGAUUUUCUAAGUCAUUCAAAGAGAUGGUAGGAACCUGCUUAGUGAAGGACCCAAAGAAACGGCCAACUUCAGAAAAACUUUUAAAACAUCCUUUCUUCAAACACGCACGCUCCUUUGAAUACCUAACUCGAACUGUUCUAGAUGGCCUUGCACCUCUAGGAGAUCGUUUUAGGAUGUUGAAGGCAAAAGAGGCUGAUUUGUUGGUGCAGAAUAAGGCUCUUUAUGAGGAUAAAGAACAAUUAUCGCAGAAAGAGUACAUUCGAGGGAUCAGUGCCUGGAAUUUCAACCUUGAGGAUUUAAAGAGUCAAGCUGCUCUUAUCCAAGACGAUGACAUGCCAAAUGCAGAAGAGCCAGAUAUGGAUAAGAAGCUAAAGAACAAAUCUGAUGAUAAUGGGGUUCCUGCAGGAGGGUCGUUGGCAGUAACAACUAACGAUUCAGAUGCUAAACCCUCAUUGGAUAAGGAGGAUGGGUUCAGUGAUCUUCAGGAUUUGGAGAGUUCGUUUGCUUCAUUUCCAACUAGACCUCUUGAAGCACUUAAAAGUUGUUUUGACAUUUGCGAGGAUGACGCAAAUAACACAAGUACAAGGGAUUUGGACCAUGAUUAUGGAAGAAACGAGAAUGGAAGUUCUGGGCUUUGUUCAGUGCCACAAAAUGCUAUGACUGAGCAUAAAAAGUAUUCGAGUGGUUCCUUGGUACCUGAUAAUUUUCUCUCUCCUAAGAAGGUUGUUACUGACGGGGACAGGGAUUAUUUGCAAACAAGAUAUAAUGCUGAUCGGAAUCAUAGUGGUCCAUUGUUAUAUCGUCAGAAGAGAGACACCAACAGUAACCUUGCAUCUGCUGAUGAUGCGUCAGAAGGAGCAGUUAUCCAGCGAAAAGGACGGUUUAAGGUUACUUCAGCAGAUCUCAGCCCUAAGGGUCCUUCAAACUGCACUCUACCAAAUCAGAACUCUACAGUUGCUUCUAUUCUUCCGUCACUGCAGUUCAUUUUGCAACAGAACAGCAUGCAAAGGGAAGAAAUUAUUAAAUUAAUAAAGUAUGUGGAGCAAUCUUGUGGCAAGAAUACUGAAUCGGCAGAGGCAGGGAUAGUUGAUCUUUUGCAGGCACCACCUGCAACAAAUAGGGAGAGGGAGCUGCAUGCGCAGGUGAUUCAAUUACAGCAAAGCAUUGGGAGUCUUGUUGAGGAAGUGCAAAGACAGAAAAUGAAGAAUGCCCAGUUAGAGAAGCAGUUGAGCUCUAUGGCUAACAGAGUUGAAGAGUGCAGAGAAAGCUGAUGAGCCUUCUUGUUGACUCGAUAGACCAUCACCGACGACCUUUUUUUACUUGCAACAUAGCCCGACGGACUGCGACUUUGUCCAAGGACGGGUGGGGGGGCACUUCGCUCUUGUAUUUUAGUGUACCAUGUAUAAACUGUGUUAAUGCGGACACCAAUUUUGUUAUUUUCUGAUAAUAUAUCGAGUCGCUUGUGUAAAAUGUAAUUUAUUGACCUGAUAAUGUAAUUAAAACACGCUUCUCCUCCAAGUUCCUCUCGAUUUCUCUCCAAGCAA